UGUGGGAAGCACCGGUGACAGAAGGAAGAAACGUGCGCGCCCCGCGUUUAUUUCAUUUGUCUAUUUGAAAUGGAACCUAAAACGGACGUCCACAAACGUUACAUUUGCUCUUUUCCAGAAUGUUCGGCCGCAUAUAACAAGCAGUGGAAGCUAGACGCGCACUUAUGUAAACACACCGGCGUCAAACCGUUUCUCUGCGAGCGGAGCGGCUGCGGUAAGAGCUUCUGCGAUCGCUAUCACCUAGCUCGGCAUGAGCUCACCCACACCGGAGAGAAGCUGUUUAGCUGCACCGCUGAAGACUGUACGGAGGCCUUUACGACCAAGUCGAAUCUCAAUAGACACAUCAGCCGCACGCACAGCAUGGAGCGCAAGAAGUAUGUCUGCUCAUUUGAAGGCUGCGGCCUGGAGUUCAAGAAAAACAACCAGCUGAAGCUUCACUUGUGCGAGCAGCAUUCUCAGCUUCCCCUUUAUCCAUGCACUUAUGAAGGCUGUCAGAUGCGAUUUGCCGUCCCUAGUAAGCUGAAGCGCCACGAGAAGGUGCACAAAGGCUAUCCCUGUACAGAGAAGGAGUGCACCUUCACAGGAAAGACCUGGACAGAGCUGCUGAAGCACAGGAAGGAGUCCCACCAGCCUGUUGUGAAGUGUGAACACUGCUCCAAGGUGUUCCGGGACUCCUGGUUCCUGCAGAAACAUCUACCCGUCCACAAUGAAACCAGGACCGUCUUCAAGUGCCCCAGAGACGACUGCGACAGAUCAUACACCACAAUCUUCAACCUUCAGAGCCACAUCAGAUCCUUCCAUGAGGGGGCGCGCCCCUUCACCUGCUCCCACAGUGGCUGUGGAAGAACCUUCGCCAUGAGACAGAGUCUGCUGCGCCACAGCAUUGUGCAUGACCCAGAGAAGAAGAAACAGCAGAGGAAGCCUCGGCCUAAAAGAUCUCUGGCUUCCAGGCUGAGUGGCUUCCGCGAAACAAAGGGGCCAGUCCAGCCGAAGCAGCCCAAACUGCAGGGAGACUCCUUGAAAAAGAGCGACCAGGCGGGUCCCGUUGAGCUGGUUUCCCUCCUGCAGGGUGCAGCUCUGGUGUGCAGUUCUGCUGUGGAUGUGCAGGAUCUCGCUAACCCACUGACUGCUCCUGUGACGGUGUUGUGAAGAAGAUCAACGACAUGGCGUCCAUCAGAAGUGUCUUUGCUUCAUUCAGUGUAAACAUUUCACCUCCUGGAUUUGUGUUUCUGCAGCUUAAGGAUGUAUAUGUGUGUUAAUGGAAGCUGUGAACUACGAAGAAUGAACCUAUUCUGUCCUUCUGUCAUUAAAUUAAAUUCCAAAAAUC